AUGUCGACGCCUUCGACCUUGCCUCCCCACCACCACAACUACGGAUACCCCCAUCAUCAAAACUAUCAAUCCAACACCAACACUUAUCGAGCGAAUAAUACUCUCUUGAACGGCGGCAGCCGGUUGGGGGCAUCAUACGCCUUUCCGACUCCCUCGAGUAACGGCACAUCAGUAAACAACGUCGGUGUCCUCGACCCCUCCUUUCCCAGUCAGAACACGGCACAGUCUCCCCAAAGAGUCGAGAAAAAGCCCGCAGUCAUGCCUACCUCUGGCUCUGCUGCCUCCAAACAGAACCUCAAAAAGAGACAGCGGUCGCGCGAGCCGAGAGGUCCAGAUUGGAAAAAGUUCUACGAAAAUGGCCUUCCAUCCGAGGUGAUCGUCAUCGACGACACUCCCAGCCCCGAACCUUCCGGGCCCAUACUGGCAAGUACCCAAGCAGCUCGCUCGGUGGCCGCGGCAAGUAAUAGACACACGAACAAGAAGAGGAAGGUUGAUGAUGUCGCUCCCUACGAUCCUGUAUACCAUCUCGAGCCCCCAUACCCGAACAAUGCCAGUCCCGAUUACAAGAUUUCAUCGACGGGAUCUGCUUCCACCGAUCGGACAACCUCUGCCAUACACACCACUGCUGCUACCUCCCUAGGCUCUCACUCAUCCAAUGGACAGAACGGCUACGAAGUGGCUGCGCAGACCGGUACAAAGAGGAAGAGGCAGGCAACACGGCUUCAGACCAGCAACGAGGCCAAGAGAAAAGAAUUAGAGGUCAACGGCGAUGCCUUCAUGAACUACAAACCCCCACCUAAGCCACCAAUCAAGGCUCCGGAUGUCAUCGUGAAGCAAGUUGCCGAUAAUUCGUAUACCAAGAACACCAAGGUUGACGACGAUGACGGCCACUAUAUCGUGGUUCCCGAUACCGACUUGACUGAUCGAUACCAAGUUCAUAAACUUCUCGGCCAAGGAACAUUCGGCAAGGUCGUCCAGGCUACAGACCGUGUAAGCAAGAAACCAGUGGCCAUCAAGAUCAUCCGCUCGGUCCAAAAGUACCGGGAUGCUUCGAGAAUAGAACUCCGAGUCCUGGCAACUCUCAAGGCGAACGAUAAGGAGAACCGAAACCGAUGCAUACAUCUCAGGGAUUGCUUUGACUAUCGUGGCCAUAUCUGCAUUGUCAUGGACUUACUCGGCCAGAGUGUGUUUGACUUCUUGAAAGGAAACUCCUUUGUUCCGUUCCCAAACAGCCAGAUCCAGAGCUUCGCGAGACAGCUCUUUACCAGUGUUGCUUUCUUGCAUGAUCUCAACCUGAUCCAUACUGAUUUGAAGCCGGAAAACAUUCUUCUCUGCGAUAGCGCAUACCAAGCUUUCACCUACAGCCGCAAGAUCCCAUCCUCCUCAACUACAAUCAACCGCCAGGCUAUGCAACGGAAGGUCCUUCUCGAUACCGAGAUUCGCCUGAUCGAUUUCGGCUCCGCCACCUUCCAAGAUGAGUACCAUUCAUCAGUUGUCUCAACUCGCCACUAUCGGGCACCUGAGAUCAUUCUCGGGCUAGGUUGGUCCUUUCCCUGCGAUAUCUGGAGUAUCGGCUGUAUUCUAGUUGAAUUCUUCACCGGUGACGCUUUGUUUCAAACGCAUGACAAUUUGGAACACCUGGCCAUGAUGGAGAGCGUCUGUGGUCGGAAACUCGACAAUCAUCUUAUCCACUCCGUCCACGCGUUGGCGAAGCGGAGCGGAGGAAACCCUGCUUCGAAAUUCUUCAAGCGCCUGAAGCUUGACUACCCACAAACCGAUACCACCAGGGCCUCGAGAAAGUUUGUCAAGGCUAUGAAGCAUUUGAACGAAAUCAUUCCCGAUACCAGCAAGUUCUGUAGGAACUUCCUGGAUCUGCUUGAGAAGAUCUUUGUAUACGAUCCAGCAGAACGAAUCACGGCCAAGCAAGCUCUUCAACACCCAUGGUUCAAAGAGGGAGCUGCACCAGACGAUGGCACCGAAGCCGCCAAGAUCCGAGUUAAUAGGCUUCAAUCUCAAGUUGCCGCGAAUGCCGCUAUGCAGACAGCUGCACCCCCACGACAUCACGCAUACCAUUGA